AUGUAUUCAGCGCGACCUUUGAUGAAGGACCAUGACCCUACAGAUUCAACAGACACAGAAAGUCUCCUCACCGUAGAGCAAUCGCAAGAAAAGCUCCUACAUUCUGUACCAUCUAAUACAUCAAAACGCAACAAAGUACUAAAGACUUACCUGCAUAUUGCCGCUAUUGUCUUUUACAGCGUCAUCACCGUUAUACUAUAUACAUGGAGUACAAGAAUAAAUGAGAAACAGUGCGGCUGCGAUAAUGCGGCGAUCUAUUCUCCCGCGAGAACAGCUAUAGAGUACGAGAAACAAACCAUUGUUCAUAACCUUGCCGACAAUGGCAAAUAUAGAGGCCCACCACGACCAGAGCAGGAUGCGGCAUGGGAGGACCUUCUGAGAUAUAACAACCUCCGCAUACAAAAAGAAGACCUCGAAAAGGCAAACACUACCUCUGUACCCUUAAACGACGACCAGGGCGGCUACCUCGCGACUCUUGAUGUCUUUCACACACUCCACUGCGUGAACAAAAUCCGCAAAUCCUACUACUCCGACUACUACCACGACCCCAAUCCUCUUGUAGACCAACAGGAGCACUUCGAUCACUGCAUUGAUUUGCUUCGCCAAGUUAUCAUGUGUCACGGAGAUAUAUCUCUGCAUACAUACGAGUGGAAGGAUGACUAUAGAUGGCCAUGGCCUAGUAUGCGGACGGAACAUCAGUGUCGAAAUUGGGAUAAGUUGAUGGUUUGGUCGAAGGAGCAUUACCUUCCAAGUUUGACGGGUCCGAUACUAUCACAUCCAAGUUUGGGUAUAUCCUUUCGAGGGGAUGAACCUCAUAGUUGA